AUGAGCUUAACAAAUCUGAAUAUGGGAAUGCGAACUAGCAUGAUGAUUAAUCCUGCUGCAUAUCAGGUGGUCAAUAAUCAAAUGGUCAAUAAUCAAAUGGUCAAUAAUCCAAUGGUCGCAAACUUCCCUAAUGGGCUUGCUCAAAGUCAAGUUGCUGCGAAUAUGAUUAGAUCCCCUGCUACUGCUGGUACCGAGAAACUGCUAGCAAAUCAACGAAACGAUUUAGAUACUUAUAAAAAUAAAAACCAACCAAAUACACAGAACUCUGCUGCUUCAAAGACAGCUCCUAAUCCAUCACAAUCUGGUCAACCGGGUGGGGUUGCAAAUGCUCCAAACACAAUAACGACGCCUCAAAAUUCAGUAGUUGCAGCUACUGUACCAAAUGCUCAAUCACAACAACCAAUUGAAGGUACACUCGCUUCACCAUCAGGUACCGGUCAAAAUGGUACAACCGGUAACGAUGGAAGUUAA